AUGAGAAACAGACCAGAGCUUCUCAAGUAUGUCAGUUUCCCAGAGAUAAAAAAUGAGGACGAUUUCAAAGCAGUCUAUGAUGGGAUACGCGCGUCAACAUCGGAAUGCCUAUAUGCUAUUAUCGAUAAAUCACCAGUUGUUGGUGAAUAUGCCGGAACAAUCGCGCUGGCUUCUACAGACUCUGUUCACGCAACUACAGAGAUAGGCGUCAUGAUCUUCUCGGCAUUUCAACGUACCCAUGUGACAACGAACGCGAUUGGUCUGCUCCUCCAAUAUACCCUGGACCCACCGUCAGCUGGCGGCUUGGGCCUGCGACGUGUACAGUGGAAGUGUCAUGCUGAUAAUGCAGCAUCACGGAGAGUUGCGUUGCGCAUGGGAUUCGAGUUUGAAGGUAUCGCACGGUGGCACCGCACAUUUGCGAUCGGUAGCUCGGCAGAGGCUCUUGGAAAGAGAAACGGAACUCAACAGGAAUUGCCGGGGCGGCAUACUGCUUCAUUUUCGAUUGUGUGGGAAGAGUGGGAUGUCAAACGACCGAAAGUUCUUGCACAAAUGGAGCGUAAGCACUGA